UGUUCUUGACGAAUGAUAGAAUUGAGCAGGAGAAUCAGAGAGUCUUGGGAGAGAAUGGCAGGCGGAGGUAUUUCUAGCAUGUGGCGGGCUGUCUUCGUGAUGAGUUUUAUGUGGAAAUGGUAUUGCUCUAUGGCUGAGCAAGGAAUUGCCACAUUUUACACUUCUCCAUAUGUCCCAACGGCGUGCUAUGGAAAUGACCCGGAUCAAUUUCCAGCAGGAGAUUUGUUUGCAGCGGCAAGCGACACAAUUUGGGACAAUGGAGCCGCUUGUGGAAGACAGUACCGAAUCACAUGCACCGACGCAACAAAUCAAGGCGUUCUGAAGCCAUGCAAGAGUGGAUCCAUCGUCGUGAAGAUUGUUGAUCAUUGUCCCGCCCGAUGCGCGGGCACCUUCGAUUUAUCUCGGCAAGCCUUUGCCGAUAUUGCUGAUCCAGAUGCUGGCAAAGUUUACAUUAACUAUGAUCAGGGUGCGCUGGCACCUUCGAUUUAUACGAUCUUAAUAAAAAUUAAUAUCGUAUAA